AGUUUAUCCAUCAAGACCAGUCCAAACUCCAUAGCCCAAUCAAACACUGAAAACAGCAUCACCGGACUAGUGUCAUGUUUUCCCUUCUUCCCUCCCGUAGGAACAACUCCGACAAGGAGGAAGGAACAAGAACCAGAAACAACAGAAAGUGAAUGAAUGAACAAAUGAACGAACCUUACGUGAUAUGUAUCACAGUGUCGCUGCAAGGCGCCUACUAUACCGUUCUACAAUAUCAUACUACGUUAAAUCCGGUCUCAUCGACACUGCAAUCCAACUGUUCGACGAAAUGUCCCAAUCAAAUUGUCGCUUAUUCAGCAUCGAUUACAAUCGCUUCAUCGGCGUUCUCCUCCGUCACUCUCACCUCAACCUCGCCGAAAAUUACUACCACCACCAUGUCAUCCCCAAUGGUUUUUCUCUCACCCCAUUCACCUACUCACGUUUCAUUACUGCACUCUGCUCCGUCAAGAAUUUCUUGCUCAUUGAAUCCCUCCUCCGCGAUAUGGACGAUCUUGGCAUCGUUCCUGAUAUUUGGGCUUUUAAUAUCUAUCUCAACAUUCUCUGCCGUGAAAAUCGGUUAGAAACUGCACUUCAAUUGUUUCAAACAAUGCCUUUGAAGGGAAGAAAGCCUGAUGUUGUUAGUUAUACUAUUAUUAUUGAUGCAUUGUGUAAAGUGAAGAGGUUUGAUGAGGUCGUGCAUGUUUGGCGUAAGUUGAUUGAUAGUGGUUUGAAGCCUGAUUUUAAGGUAUGUGCUGCACUUGUUGUUGGUUUGUGUAGUGGUGGCUAUGUUGAUUUAGCUUACGAGCUUGUUGUUGGUGUCAUUAGUGGUGGUGUUGAGGUGAAUUGUUUGGUUUAUAAUGCUUUGAUUCAUGGGUUUUAUAAGAUGGGUAAAAAAGAUAAGGCGGAAGCGAUUAGAGGGUUUAUGAGUAAGAAUGGGUGUGCACCCGAUUUGGUUACUUAUAAUAUUUUGUUGAAUUAUGGUUGUGAUGAAGUUACGGUUGAUGAGGCGGAGAGGUUGGUGGAGACUAUGGAGAGGAGUGGUAUGGCUGAUUUGUAUAGUUAUAAUGAGUUGCUUAAGGCGUUUUGUAAGGCGUACCAGGUGGAUAGGGCUUAUUUAUAUAUGGUUAACAAGAUGCAGAGUAAAGGGGUGUGUGAUGCUGUUUCUUACAAUACUAUUAUUGUGGCUUUUUGCAAAGUGAGGCGGACUGAGAGAGCUUAUGAGUUGUACGAGGAAAUGUGUAGGAAAGGGAUUCAGCCAGACGUGGUGACGUUCACUGUGCUUAUAAAAGCGUUUUUAAGGAAAGGUGGUUCCAAUGUUGCUAACAAGCUUCUUGUUGAAAUGAAAGCGAUGAGGAUUGUUCCUGACGUAAUAUUCUACACCACAGUAGUUGAUCAUCAGUGCAAGUCCGGGAAUAUUGAUAAGGCUUAUGGUGUUUUUUGUGACAUGGUGGAGAAUGGAGUGAGUCCAGAUGUGGUCUCAUACAAUGCAAUCAUAAAUGGGUUUUGCAAGGCUUCUAGAGUUAUGGGAGCUUGGCGUCUAUACGAAGAAAUGCAGGUUAAAGGAUUAGAUCCGGACGAGGUCACUUUCAACUUGAUAGUUGGAGUGCUCAUUCAGGGAAACAAAAUUUCAGAGGCAUAUAGGGUUUGGGAUCAGAUGAUGGAAAAAGGCUUUACACUUAAUGGAGAUCUUUCUAAUAUUCUAGUGAAUGCUGUUCAGUCAAGAGAUGGCACAUGACAUUGUACUGUUUUGCAUUGUGAUCCUCUUAACUUCACCAUGCCUUUUCUUGCAAAUGGCAGAGCAGCUUAUACGUUUUUCUCUCGACAUACUACAUGAAAGUGUAGCAAGCUGGUGAAGUUACUUUAUUUCUGCAGGCAAUGACAACCUGCAAAUCAGUAUAAUCAUUUGCAUGCUGCUGCUCAUGGUGCAAUGCCCAUGCCUUAUUUAUGACCAGACAUACCUUUGCAUAGUAUAAGACUACUGGUUCACUGGCCAGCUUCUGGUAGAGAAUCCAUAACCAGGAUAGUCCUGUAAUGGUUUCUAGCUGCCAAUGGAAGUGGUGUGCAGGUUUUGUUCACACUUUCAUCAUACUUUCAGCUGGCAGAUUGUAUUUCUCAAUACAAUAUACUCAUUAUACUCUUUGGCCAUUUUAUACACGGAGAGCUAUUGAUGUGAAAAUUGCCCAGCAGAGUUGAAAUCAGUAGUUAAUGAUUUGGUUGAGACGAGUCCAGCUGCCUAUAUAAAAAUUAAGUUGGUGUUCUUUGGAGUAAGAGUGAUUCUGAAUACUAUGGCUCUAAUUAAAUUCUUGAUGAGUGUUAGCUCAAUUUAGAUCGGCUAAUAUCCGCUGUUCAUUCUUAUGUAGCAGACACUUCAAUGAUGAACAUUUUUGGAAUAAACAACCCUUAAUGUUAGUGAAUAGAUGUUUUGUUUCACCGGGACAGAGUUUAUGGUAUUUACCAUACCAUCUGUGAAUUGAUGAAUUGCCGAGCAUAAGUUUGGACCAUGGAUAUAAACAUUCCUUGUAAAAUUCACCUUGUGGGCGUCAUCCAAGGGUUCAUACCUCAAGCGUUGUGGAACCUCCGGUGACAGAUCGGCGGCUUAAUAUUUGUGUUAAUCUAGAUUCAACAUAGAAUUACAAAAAUGCAAGAUCUACAGGGUAGCUUUGUUAGGUUUCAAAAUUCAAAUUUAUUAGAUUCUGGGAAAACUGUGUUGCUGGCAGAAGAUCCACAGAUUUGAAUUAGAAUAGAAAGAAUGCGUAUUUGUUGGACUAUACUGUAGUAAAUUCCAACUUGUCUGACCUAUAUUAGGAUUAUUUUUGGUGAAUGCUGAUGUUUCUGUCUCUAUCUACAGUACCAGAACUUCAAGCCUCUAAUGAAAUUUUCCCUAAUCAUUCAUUAUUUACA